AUGACGGAGUUCGACUUCAUCAACACGUCGCGUCUGCACUCCCUCACCAUCCACGUGAUCCCCUUCUUCGCCUCCAUCGGCGUGGACGUGAACCAGACCAUCAGCGACCUGAUCUCCCAGCAGAACAUCACCAUCGAGAACAACAUCAACCGCAUCUGCUUCCGCGAUUUGCUGCUCUACGAGGUCCAGCUUCUCUCCAAGGACCGGCUCCGACCCCUCUCCAUCGCGCUCUACAACGCGCCCGACAGUCCCGCGGGGACCACCAUCCACAUGCCGCGCUUCUUCCAGUACAUCUUCAAGAACUACGACUGCUCGCAGACGCUGGACAUCGACGCCAUUAACGCGCAGUUCCCCGCGGUUUCCGAAGAAUUGCGCAGCGUGAAGCGGAUGCUGGAGUCGAAGGUGCUGAAGAACGUCGAUUUGAUUCUCGCGUUCUUGGACUUGGCCAAGAAGUUCCAUGCCGGAAUUACGGUGAUGUGCAAGAGUGGAAAGGACCGGACCGGAAUGCUGGUUUCGCUCUCGGAAGUGCGCGCCAUGGGCUUUGCCAACAUCAUCGGCAAUGAUUCGAUCCAGUGGUACUUGGAUUUGAUUCGAGGCUAUGGAACGCGCAUUAUGAACGCGGAAAAGAACACAGGGAAGGCGCAGUACAUGUUCAAUGCUCUGCAGGACAAAUUUUUGCCCGAUUUGUUGAAGGCUCCGAGGUACAACCGCGGCCAUGGCAUCACAUAGUUGUCUAUUGCAAUAAUAAUUGUGCUAUAGUGUUGU